CGUUUUGUAGCCUGCCGGGGUUUUGGUGCCUUUGCCGCUCUGGCCGUAGUGGCGCCGCUUUCAAAUCCGAAGCCCAAAUCAGCGGCUGAAGGGGCGCAAAAAGAAACGUCUCAACUACUCCCUUCCUUUCCCUGACACAGAGCAACCAGGAAAGAUGUCUGCUCUGCCUAGGAGAGCUAGAACAGCAGCAAAGCCAGCCACAUCCGAAGAUGAACUACCUUCCUUCCUUAAAUCAUCAUCGGAAGAAGAGGAGAUGGAUGAAGAGGAGUGGAAGCCCAAAAAGAAAGCUCCAAGUAGGGCCAGGGUUCCAAAAACGAAAGAGCCCAGAGCAAAAAAAGCAACUGUAACCCAGAAGAAGACUACUGUGCCUCGCAAAAGGACCAAGAAAGUAGCGGUGAAAGAGGAGCCAGACACAUCUUUACCUGUUCCUGUUCCUGGAGGGGAUGAAGGAGGGGCACAAUUUAAGGAAGAGACAAAUCUGAGAAGUCCAGCUAAAAAGCCUACUGUAUUUCCGAUGAAGAAUCUUGGUUCAGAGCAUCCUGUAUGUGGCCUGGAUAAUGAUGAAGAACCCUCCACAAGUGCUGUAUCUAGCGAGAAAGUGAAGAUGGAAGAGUCUGACUUUACAUUUGAUGAACCUCCUUUAAAAAAGUUAAAAUCAUCCAAGCAUCCUCAGGGAAUUCGUGUAAAACAUACAACAGGCUCUGCAGUGGAUGAAGACCAGAAAAUGAAUUGGAAUAUGGUGCAGGUCUUGUCACAGAGGACUGGUAUUGAAGAGUGGGUGUGCGCAAACAUAAUCCAACUCUUCAAAGAUGACAAUACUAUUCCUUUUAUUGCCCGGUACCGAAAAGAGCUUAUCAACAAUUUGGAAGCCGAUGCGUUGCGAGAGGUGCAGCAAACGUUGGAAGAACUACAAACUGUUGUCAAAAAGGUCCAUGGCUCAAUACAGAAACUUAAGAAAGAAGGAAAGCUGUCGGAAGAUCUCUUAACUGCUUUGUUAAACUGCAAAACCUUGGAGGAACUGGAUCAUGUGUAUGGUCCGUAUAAAACUGGAAGUAAAGGCACCAAGGCUCAGAGGGCCAGACAGCUGGGAUUAGAACAUGCAGCCAGUUUACUCCUUGGAAAUCCUAGAGAACUCAACCUGUUUUCUUAUGUCAAGUCUAAUGUGGAAGGGCUCUCUACUAUUGAGGAAGUAAAAUCUGGAGUUCAACACAUCUUGGCUGACAUGGUUGCUAAAGAUAAAGAUACGCUGGAUUUCAUCAGAGCCUUAUGUCAAAAACGAUAUGUUUGUCUUCAGUCGUCUUUGUCAAAAGUGACCUCCAAAAAAGCCAACGAAAAAGACAUCAACAAAUUUCAUCUAUAUCAGAAUUUUUCUUGCAAUAUAAGGAAUGUUCAACAUCACCAGAUUCUAGCUAUUAACAGAGGGGAGAAUCUGAAAAUCCUGACCGUGAAGAUCAACAUCCCUGAUGGAGUUAAGAAUGAAUUCUGCAGAUGGUGUGUAAACGAAAGAUUUCACAUUUUUCUGAAAAAACGCGCCCUUUUUGCCUUGUAG